CUUAAUUUGUAGCCCGGAAACUCUAUUAGUCCGAGCACUAACAUACGUAGGAGGCAGCCGUAACCAUGUUGGUUUGGACCGACACAAUCACGUCAACUUCUCGUUCCUGCAUCCCACGUGGAAACAAACCCAUCUGCGGGUGGUACGCACACCAUGUCAGGCAGUUCCAGUCGACAUUCUGCCGAGUCCCGCACACCAUGUCAAGCAGUUCCAGUCGACAUUCGACCCGGACUCGGCAGAAUUGGUGGUCAUUCUCGCUUGCUGCAAACAAGCUUACUACAAUACGAUAAGCGGGUCACUAGAAAUGAGGCAGCGGCUGAGGUGAGCUAGGGCGCUUGCUUUUCUAAAGUUGCCAAGAAUACGGCCCCCCACAAAAUUCAUUCCUUCAACUGUAUCGACGAUUGCACGUUGGUAGUGACGGAUUGAUCCUAUUCCUGGCGUGGCAAUAUCCGUAAACCCUUCGAACUUCCCAAAUUUGGUGCCAUGUUCCACAACAGCAAACUCACCAAGGCUGUGAGGGGCGCCCCAGGACGUGCGAAUGAGCGCACAGAACUUUCCGAGUAUUUAUGUCUGGAAGACCUGUCACAAUACGAACAGUAUCGAACUUGGAAGUCUGGGAGUGGUGGAGGCGAGUAAUCAUCUCCGACUUACGCUGGAAGAAGACAAUUAGCAAUGAGUAGCAUCAUAGAGCUGAUUGCAAAUGUUCUAACCUUG